AUGGAUGGGUGUACAGAACCAUUUGCUGACUCUUUACUCAAGAGAGCUGGCUUAGAUUCAGUAAUGGAAUAUGCAGUUAAGAAGUUAUUAAAACUGAGAUUACAUCAAGCACAUGAUGUGGCAAGUGCUACUGCAAGUAGUAAUAAACAAUCACAUAUAUAUGCUAAGAAUAAAGGUAUAUUGAAGAGGAAUAAGGAGAGAGCUAAGAAAGCUCCAAUAAGGAUCAGCCGUUUUGUACCAACAUUAGGUCAAGUUAUAGAAGAUGUAGAAAAUAAUAUGGUAGAUGAGGAAGCAUACCCUAAUGUCUGUCCAGCUAGGAACAGUGUAGCAGCUUCUGGUAGGACAGCUUAUGCAUCUGCUAGUGUUAGAGGAAGGGCAUCAGGAAGAGGAGGAGAGGGCCGUAGAGGUGGUAGCCUCUCCCCUGGUCGUAGUGCCUUUAAAAGUCUGGGUACUGCUGCUAAUUGGGGUGGGUGGGAUAGUCCUAGAGGAAUAGGUGGACGAUAUUAUCAUCAUCAAGGUGGAGGCAGUAGCAAGGAUACACUUAUAGUAUGUGUAUUAGGUGGUAUUACACUUCCAGAGAUACGUCAGGGGUUUGACAUAUCCUCCCAACUAGGUAUAGAUGUAAUAAUAGGUGGUAGUGUAGUCCUUACUGCAAAGAGGUUAGUAGAAGCUCUAGUUAGUGGUCCUGAUAAUAAUAAUGAUAAUGAGAUGGUGAUGGCGACGGGAAGUGUAUAAUUUAUGGUAUUACACUAUCAGUUGUAUGG